UUUUUGCUUCCUGUUAUUUCUCGUUUCUCUGCACAAAUCUCAAUCACACGGUUUUUACUUUAUUAUUCUUCGUGUCAAACUCGGUCUCUCUCCCCCAUCCUCCAUAGUCGAUGUUCUGCUCCUUCGCUGGUUACUAGAGUUCUCUCAAACAUGUACUAUUCAUCGCUUUGGAACCUUUCCAGUACAGGGGUAACACUGCGUACAUCCAACCCCCCCUUACCCCACCGUAUGUGGGAGCCUUUGCGGCACUGGGAUAAAUGAAAAUGAUGAACAUAAAAAACUAGUUGCCCCUACUUUCAAACUUAAGAGAACCAACAUGUUAGUACUUUUCUCUUGACAAGUUUGAUUAGAUACACCAUUAGGAGACUGUAUAUAGUCCUAUCCAACAAGGACAAAAACAGAUGACUUAUCUACUCAUUCCCUCAAACAAGGGUCAAGCGGAAGAAUUGUUGGUUUUGUACCCAUGAAUUUUAUCACAUGUUGUAUGAAGAGCGGUGCAAAGCAAGUGAAGGUGAGCAGGGUGAUUCCAUUGUAAUGAAAGAUGAUACUCAAGACAAGUUGGAAGAGGAAUUGGCGACUUUCGUAUCUCGUGUGUCAUGGGAGAAAGUAGAUGUCAACUUGCAUAUCAGCAAAAUCAAAUAUGCAACUCAUAGUAUUAUCCAGGUAAAAGUCGAGUGUGCAUUCAGAAGUUCCAAACAUUAUACAUCACUUUCUUCUAUAAAAGCCUCAAUUCUGAAACGGGGGUCGCCCCCAGAUGCUCCCUACUAUGUAUGUGUAUCAUCAAACAUGUGUGUCCUUUUGGGUGCAAGCAGGGUUCAAGAUGCAAUACCUAUACAUUUGUCUAUAAACUACAAAUUAAUGAGGCAGCUGAUGAGAGAUCUAAUGUAUUGCUUAUGUGUUGCAGUGUACACAAGAACACUUCAGUCUAACUUCUAUAAUAACUUCAUUGUUAGC